AUGUCGGAUCAGGUCUCGAAUUCGAUGGAAUCAAGUUUAUCAUUUUCUUUCGCAUGCGGCGGCUGGCUUAAGAUGUACCUCUUUGGUGUAGCCAAGGCGUUACAGAAGUUCGAGCUGGAGAAAAACGCGCGGCUUAUUGGCUGCUCGGCAGGUGCGCUGACAGCAACGGGACUGGCAUUAAAUUGCGACUUUGACGCCAUUCGUGACCACGUCCUGUAUCGCAUUGCCCCUCAGGCACAUGCAUCUCUGGCCAGCUAUUUUCGCGUACGAACGUAUUUGCGUGAUACGCUAGCGCGCCACUGCUGUACUCAUCUGUUCGAGACACUCAAUGAGUCGCAGCGGCUCACGAUCGUCUACACUUCUUUGACGUCGCUUAAGUCGCGACGCGUCACAACUUUUGACUCAGCAGAGCACCUGACAGAGACCUUGCUUGCCUCGUGCUGCGCUCCGCCUAUCGCUGGAUUACCUUUUAAACUUGAUGGUGAAUGGGUGAUGGAUGGUGGCAUGCUUGACUUUCAACCAGUUCUAGAUGACAAGACGGUGACUAUCAGUCCGUUUUACUGCGUUGGCGCGGACAUCAAGCCGUCAGUGUAUGUGCCAAUGUGGUGGGCGUUAUUUCCGCCCGGUGUACGUGAUGUCGAGUGGCUCUAUGACUUGGGUUACGAAGAUGGUCUUAGGUGGAUUGUCAAGAAUGGUCUAACUGGGGGUCACAAGAAUGUUGUUAUUCCAAACAAGAGCACCAAAUAUGCAGGCGGCUGGAAUACAACGGUGGGUCGAGUGGUUGGUUACCGCGGUUUUGAAAGUCACUUCCUAGAUGCCCUCUUCAUCGGGCUUUUUGUAUGUUUAUGGAGACCAAUGGCGUUCAUGUGUCUGUACCUGGAGCUAUAUCUGCAAGCCAUUGUAACUGGCGGGAAGGCUGUGGUUUUUGGAGCCGCUGCCAAACUGCUCAUUACAAAUGUUUUUAUGACUUCGCUGGCACUUGCUUUGGCCACUCUUGGCUUACAGCAUACCAUGCUCUUCUUGUUUGGACUGGCGGUGACAGGUUUUUUUCUGGGUGGAAUGGUCCUACUGGUUGGUGGUUUGCAACAAGCUAGUGCAGUGGCAUCUGCGGAUUGGCAGCGUUGCCGUUCGUAUAUGCGCAGCAUUACAAGUCUGUCGCUCUUCUUACAUAGCAUUCCACUGAUUGGCCCUAAAGUACAGGUCAAACGGCAUGACUUUUUACUAAAGAACUCACUUGUGUAUCGCGUAGCAAUGCACUUUGUUUAG